AUGCACCGAUUUCUCGGCAAGAAGAACGGCGAUGCCGCCUCUAGCCCGCUAUCACCACCCACAUCAAGCAGCAAGAAAUGGAAGAAGAAUAAGAAAGAUGUUGUAGAAGAGAAACCACAGCUUGAUCUGAAUUCUGCCUUGCCGUCAAUCGACGACUUCCGCACCAGUCUUAUCAUGCCCAAUCUCUCGACCAGAUUCAGUAUGCUCAGAGAGCAAGACGACCCACACUCGUUGCUCGGAAAGGCCUCAGAUGAUAGUGUCCUGCAGCCUCAACGCAACUCUCGCCUACUCGACUUUGGCUUCUCAUCCAACAACCUCAACGACAUUGCCGAGGUUGCUUCAAUUAACAGCUCUAUCCGCCCACCAUUUGCUCUCGACCGAACUGGCUCUUUUGCAUCUGAAGAAGGCUAUGGAACUGACAACAACUCUAAUCCCGAUGGCAGCGUCAUGAGCCGUGCUCGCCCUGGAGAAGGCAAUGUGCUGUUCGGUGGUCGUCAGAAGGUCUACAAGAUUGCCACGGGUUCCGCAAAAAGCAUAGGAGGCAACAGCGAACGUGGUAUGGGCAGGAUGGUCUAUGAUGACGAUUUGAAUAUGUCGGCGUUCCAAAAGUACAGGCAGCAAGAGAGAGAAAGACUGCUUGCAAUGGGCGCCGACUGGGACAGCGAUAGUGCUCUGCUGUCUCCUGAGUCCGAUCCUGAACAUCGUGCAUCAGACGAUCUUCCCAAGGGACUUGGUCUGUCUGGCGCUGAGACUGGCUUCUCGUUCCUCAAGCGCAACAGCGAUUCGACGACAAAUUCAGUUCCAUCUCAAGAUCCAUCCUCAUCAACAGCAACGUCGGUCGCCUCGCAAUCUAUUGGAACUGCCAUUUCUACUCCUGCGACACUACCGAAAACAUCACCAAACCCUGCUGGACCUGGAUUAGAACGCUCCAUGACCAAGCGUCGUUUGUACGAGCAAGGUCUCAACCAACACAUCCAAGAUCAGCAAGCCUCGACUAUGUCACGAUUGAACUCCAUCAACCAGCGACAACGUGCUCCAACGCUGCCAUCUGUUCUUAACCACUCCAGAAGCAUUGGAAACCUGCAGGAUCGUCGUGGCUACAAGCCAUAUGCUCUGAACACCACUACCACCACCAGUCCACCACUCAGAAAUGGCAUGGCUCCUCUUAACACACUAGUCUCAAGGGUAGCUUCCAGCACUUCUAGCCCAACGGUCUCCAGCUAUCCGCAAUCUCCCAUCAGCCCCGUCAUCCCUGAAACUGAGGAGUACCAAGUUUUACAAUCAGCUCUCGAGCAAGGCGACCACGGGAAGGCAACUGCUCUAGGCAUGUUCAACAAGCCAGCUCAACAAUUCGAUGAGCAGCAGUAUCUCCAGCGACAGAAACAAAUGGGUCAGGCUAAGAAUGAGUCUCCUAUCGACACCCCUGUCAAGUUGUCACCCGUCAGCCAGUCAGGAACACCUCCACAGGCCCCUGCAGAGCAACCACCCCUCAGCAAGUUCAUGUCAAGAGAGGGUGCUACUUCGAGACAAGCGUCAGCAGAGCACACUCCUCAAGACUCUCGUUCCGCUCGAUUUGACUCCGCUAGACAAAACAACUUCUCACGGACAUCUCAGCGAUCCCGUUCGCGCUCCGUCUCGAAGUCAGGAGCUACUGCUACUGCUGCUCCGGAACCACCGGUCAACGCCGCACUCGCUGUGUUCCAACGCGCUGCUAUGCAGAAUCGCGUUGCUCAUGGAGACUCUCCAGAGCAAGCAGCAGUCGCAACAUUUGACGACAACAAUCGCACAUUCUUUGGCGACAGUGAUGAUGAAGAUGAGGACGACGACAAAUUCGACAACGCACCUCCAGCGCCUGUUGCCGGUCGCUAUGGUGUCAACAAUCAACCACCCGCUUUGCAACAUCCAGCUCUCCGCAAUGACUACCUUCCCGAGGUGGACGAGGAAGAGGAAGAGGAAGACCGCAAAGGCUUCCCAUUCCCUGAACCAUCCCUCAACGUCGCUCCUACUCAGGCUGGUGCUGAAGACAUCGACUCGCCCACCAUUGGCGUACAUGAAGGUAUUGGUGGCAUGAUCAGUCAGCAUUUGCGCAACACAAGCGAUACCUCUUCCAUCUACCCACCUCACCAACCAUAUGCCGAUCGCGCCUCGACAGUCAGCCGAAACACUUACUCAGAUCGCCGCCUCUCUGGCAACUCAAGCGCCUGGAAUAUCGACGAGCUUGACAACUACUAUGGAGACAUUCCUUCGCGAAUCUCAACAAAUUCUGCUACUACUGCAUCGCACGGUCAAGGACUUCACCCACAUCCUUUGAACACAAAUGGCUCAAGGCCAUCGACCUCUGAUGAUAAUGUUGGAAGUGUUCCAUGGCAUCCAGCACACAACCGUGAUGCUAGCACUGCAACUCAAGCAGAACGCGACGCCUUUGCUAAUGAACUCGAAGCUCGCAGAAAGGCCAUCCAAGAGAAGAUGAAGAGCAUCGUCGAGAGUGAAAGUCGUGGACCAAGUCCAGGACCAAGCACAGGCGGUGCACUCAAGGCAUUUGGUAUGCUGAAAUCAAGACCCAGUCAGGAGACCAUGAACCUGAGACAGAACAAUGGCUCAAGGCUCGGUCUUGGUCUCUCUGGUGCUCAUCCUAUUGAGCGCAACCCAAGCUAUGAGGACAAGCUGUCGCAAUCGACGAAUGCCGGCGCACAGUGGCCUCUUGGACCUGGACCUCUGAUGCCGAGUGCCAGGCCACAAGCAGACAGCGAGAUUGGCCGUACACCUCCGCAGCAAGCUAGAGAAAGAUCACGCAACCGAUCAGGUUCUGAUGCCUCUCGAGCACGCUCACGUAGUCGCAACCGUGGCGAGAUUGGUACGGUGGUGGGCAUUGGCGCCGACGCUCCACCUGCCAUGCCUGCUCAGAGACCCUCGCCCGAGAUCAAUCAAUACAGAUCUCCAUCCACAGAAGGUAGAGGCCGCUUAAGAAGCAACAGUAGAGCUGCAGGUCUACACCCUAGUGCGAGACCACCCAUGGGCCCAUCGCCUUCACAAUCACCAGCAAGCUUCAACUCGGUCAUGUCUCCUCCUCUCAGCACCACCUCAUCAGCAUCAAGGGCUCCGUUCCCGAAGCAAGCCCCUGCAGUCUUGCCAUCUGUACCUCUUGGCAAGCCUAGAGGCGAGUUGUUGCGCAAGAAGACCAUCAACAAGUUUGACAUUUCAGAGCCCACUCUUGUGUCAUCCACAUCAAACAUCGAUACCGUCGAUUUGCCUCCUGGAGCUUCACUCAAGAAUGGUAUGGACGAGAUCUACGCCAUCGAGCAGGCUGCAGUAGUUUCCCGUCGACGCAAGUUGUUUGGCUUUGGUAGAGAUGGUUCGAUGGAUAGGNAGAGGACUCCCGACAGUAUCACAUCACCGCCAUUGAAUGGAUUCAGCUCACCGCCAAUGCGAUCUAUCGUGCCAUCAUUCGGGUCUCAGGAGCACAUGGGUUCGCGCAAGCCUUCUGCUGAGGCUGUCAAUUCUCAACAUCCCCCACUCCGUGUGAAGCAGAGUUUCGAGACCAGCCGCACAACACAUACAACACACACUACCCACACAGCACAAACAGCAGCAAGCAGUGCUCGCUUCGAUGCUGUAGGUUCGCCUGUUCUCAAUGAGGCAGGCAUGUUCUAA